UUUUCGCCCAGUUCGUCCUCCAGACCCCUCCUCUCCUGUCUCGUUUGCUUGGCUCGAGAACUUUCUGAACUGAAGAGAAAUGGUGGAGAAUCUGAAGACCAGUUCACUUGAACCCUCGGUGCCUCCAACUCCACUGGCAAAUCGUUCAAGGCCCGUGGAAUUUUUCGUGGUCAUCAUUCCGGAGCGGUCAGUCGGUUCCCUGUAGAGCUCUUUCUGCCUGGUCGAUUGCAAUUUCGAACCGCGAUUUUCUGGUUGGCAACUGCUGAAAUUGGAGGCGACCCUGUGGUACUGGGAUCAUGGCGUCAUCUCCAGCUGAGUUUUAUCAUACACUCCCUCCAAUCAGCAAAAUCUAUGGAACCAUAUGUUUUGCAACCACAGUCGCCUUUCAAUUACGUGUGCUCAGCCCUGUGUGGCUCUUCCUCGACUACGACCUUGUAAUUCGAAAACUUCAGAUUUGGAGGCUGUUGACCAAUUUUUUCUUCCUGGGAGGAUUUUCGAUGCAUUUUGGGAUGCGGAUGUUGAUGAUAGCUAGAUAUGGUGUGCAACUUGAGAAAGCUUCAUUCGAGAAUCGAACGGCGGACUUUCUGUACAUGUUUAUAACGACAAUAUUCACUGCCUUGGCUCUAACCUUUGCAAUACCUCCCUUGAGGACAGUCUUCCUAAGCAACAGCCUAGUUUUUAUGCUAGUAUACGUUUGGAGCCGGGAGUUUGCAACGUCCAACGUUAGCAUCAUGGGUUUAGCCCAACUGAAGGGAUUCUAUCUCCCAUGGGCUUUGCUGGCAGUGAAUACUAUGUUCGGGGCUCCAUUUAUACCUGAUUUACUCGGCAUAAUUAUUGGUCAUAUCUACUACUUCCUCACUGUUUUGUACCCAAGAAGCUCGGGGCGAUAUCUGUUGCUCACUCCUCCAUGGGUACAUAAUUUGGUAUCAAAGUAUGCAUUUCUGAGGCCAGCGAGUUCUCCUUCUGCAACACCUCAGCCGCGACCAGCUGCAACCGGACGAAGUUUUACAGGUCGGAGUUACAGGCUCAAUCAGGACUGAGAAAUAUUGAUCACGAAAAGCACGGUCGUGGCAUUGAAUCCGUGGCCAGCGAAUUUGGCUACAGAUAGUCUGGAAUCGAUUCCAGACUUAUGAGGUAAGUACGCUCAAACAAGAGGACGUCGACGUUGCUUACGGAGCUGUUACAGCACAUACUUCUGCAACGCCAAUUUAGGGAUCGAAGAGUAUCGCACUGUGAGUUGAGGCAAACUCACGGAAAAGGUGGGUUGGGAAACAGGGAAAGUAGAUUUGAAGGGACUCCCUUUCAAGAUUUGGUUCUGACAGUUUCUUAGGUUGAAGUAGAUUACUGGAGCGUUUAAGACUCUCCCAUGUACAUUACUCAAAGGAGCAGCACAACUUUCAGUGCUGAUCAUGAGAUUUGGAUGGCCGUAGGUGGCCAACAGUCUCACACAGAUGUGACCUAGGCACACAAGUCAGAGAACAUUACACAUUAGCAGGCCAUUACUCUUGAGCAAUAAAUACGAAUAAUCUCGGCACACUUUACUUUCACAUUUAGUGCCUCUAA